CCGCGGACAAUGUUGCCGGUCCACAGAGCUGUCCACCGAUAAUCGAAUGGGAGGAGACGGAUCGUUACUCCUUCGACGACUCCGAUCGCUUCGAGGAGGAUUCUUUGUGCAGCUGGAGCAGCGAGACAGAGUCGUUGAGCAACAACUGGAGGGGAUGGCGACGACCCACUACCGGUUUCGGCACCACCAAGAAGUCCCCCGAAGAUGGACAAACAGUACCGACGCUAUGCGAGCUGGCGGCGCGAUGCGUCGCCUCUCAUAUCCCGUUCGAGCUGGUGGAACACGUUUAUCCACCGGUGCCGGAACAACUGCAGCUCAGGAUAGCGUUCUGGAGUUUCCCGGACAACGAGGAGGACAUCAGGCUUUACUCCUGCCUGGCGAACGGAAGCGCGGACGAGUUUCAGCGCGGCGAACACUUCUUUCGAUCGAGGAGCGUCAAAGACCCCCUGCAGAUCGGAUUCCACCUGAGCGCCACCGUGAACGCACAGGGGGUGAACGCGCAGGGGGUGAUGAAUGGCGUCAGAUCGCAGUUCAAUGUUGCUGUGACGUUCGAUCGACGGAAGAUCACGACAUGCAACUGCACUUGCUCCUCCACGGCCUAUUGGUGCGCCCACGUGGUCGCCGUUUGCCUCCAUAGGAUACACAUGCCGACGCAGGUGUGCCUGAGAGCUCCAGUUAGCGAAUCCCUGUCACGUUUGCACCGGGACCAACUGCAGAAGUUCGCGCAAUAUCUCAUCACAGAGCUACCGCAACAGAUUCUGCCCACUGCCCAGCGUCUGUUGGACGAGCUGUUGUCGGUUCAGCCGAGCACCAUCAACAGUUUCUGCGGUGCACCGGAUCCCACUGCUGGCGCCUCCGCGCACGACCAAACCUCCUGGUACCUCGACGAGAAGACGCUACACGACAACAUCAAGAAGAUCCUCAUCAAGUUCUGUGUACCAGCCCCGAUAGUCUUCAGCGAUGUUAAUUACCUGUGCACAAGCGCGCCUCCUGCAGCCGCCGAAUGGGCCUCGUUGCUGCGACCGUUGCGCGGCCGUGAACCGGAAGGCAUGUGGAAUCUGUUGUCGAUCGUCCGCGAGAUGUUCAAUAGGAACGAUCGUAACGCAAUACCGCUGUUGGAGAUCAUCACCGAGGAGUGUAUGGCCUGCGAGCAGAUCUUGGUAUGGUGGUUCAACACGAAGGUAGCGUUGCUAAAUGGAACCGGAUACGGUGGCAAGCACAACAUGAACAACAACGCGCACGCCUCUCAGCAUGCGUGUUCGUCGUUGUGCGACGAGAUCGUCGUUCUCUGGCGAUUAGCCGCUUUGAAUCCUGGACUCUCGCCUGCUGAGCGCGAGAUGCUUCAUGGACAGUUCACUGGAUGGCAUAUGAAGAUCAUCGACAAGGUGAUGAAAAGUCGGGGCAGUUCGGUGACGCACAAUUCACAGAACAAGAACAACUAUUGCGUCUACAAGGAUUCGCUGAAUAACGACGUGGCCGUGUUCACCGGAUUCAAAUCGGCGCUCGAGGCGUGCUAUCUAGAUUGGGAGGAGUACACAUUGCCUGGUAUCACGUACACAGCCGGAAGCAAUCCCAUGUAUCAUUGUCCGUUCACGUGUUUUCGGCAUGCAGGCGAUGCUAGAACCGAGGUGAACCAGGUGAAUUCGAGCGCAGCCGUGUUGAAUUGCCAGCCGCCCGUUUCUCACCAUCAUGGAAGACGUCUGGGCCUGAAUCAGGGCCUGGUGGAAUUUAGUUACAUGGACAGAAGGCGGCUGAACCCGCGAGAAUGCUCAGGACUGUGCUCGCGGAGCGGUGGAGGCGACGGAAACCGCAGCAGCGUCAGCUCAGAAGGUUUCUGCGAGAACGAAACCGACAUUCCCGAUAUUUCCGAGCCUCAAGUAGUUCUCGUUAGACGGUCUUGCGCUCAACUAAAUAAUUGCCGGGACACGGAUUCGCAGGAGGGUGGCGGCAGCGAGUCGUCGUCGAACAGCAACGUCAGCCUGAAGAACGCUCAAAACUCGGACAAGCACCGCUCAAACACCUCGUCCGAGACCCAUAGUGAUAGUAGUGAUAGUAGUAAUAACAAAGCUGCCUGCGACGCGAAGUGCAGCAGGACGAAUUUCGACUACCGGGAGAAAUCGCGAACAGUGUUGCCGAAGAGGAUAGGUUCGAAGAGCGAGCAAGAGUCUGACCAGGAGAAAGAUCCAUCCAGAAGACCCUCCAAGGACGAGAGUUCUUCUUCUAGCAGCGACAGUCCGUCAGGGGACGAGUAUCACGUUUACUAUUACGAUCCGAAGGCUGUGGUGACCGCGAACGGCGCAUCCAGCAAGGACUCGAAGAACGAAUCGGAGAGUAGUAGCACACCGAACGCCAGCACUGUGUUGGGUGAUUUGAUGAAAACAGAGGAUCCGUGGGACAUCCUGUUCGCCAGAGCCGAAGGACUCUACGCUCAUGGACACACGAGGGAAGCGUGUAUACUUGGUGUGCAACUAGGAGAGGAGCUGUUGGCGAAUCCUCCGUGUCUAAUGGUCGACGAGUUCCCGCUGAGUUUUAAAGCAAGAAGGAGGAAGCAACCAGUAAGGUCGACUCCCCAUCAUGUCACGUGCCUUGCGACCGCUACCCUAGCCAAGUGUUGCUUCCUGUGCACGGUCCUCGCUGAGAACCCGGAGUACUAUAACUUGGCGUUUAGAGUGGGACUUUUUGGCCUGGAGUUGCCUAGACCACCGGCUAAUACUAAACCACUGGAGGUGAAGCUGGCUAAUCAGGAAAGCGAACUGGUAGCCCUUCUCAAGAGGAUUCCACUUGGCCCAGCUGAAUUGGCGAUGGUCAUACAGAGAGCUGAACAACUGAGGGACGGCGUUAUACGAUGUAGAGGCUACGCUCUGCUUCCUAUCAUGCUGGCCAGUUUCAUAUUCGACGCCCUUCACACCUCGAGACUAAAACACCUGUCCCCAGACGUUGACGAGAACCUUGGCUUCGACGCUGCUGUUGCUGCACUGGGCUUGAAGGCGUACGUGAGCGAGGCUGAGCAUCCGCUUCUUUGCGAGGGCACUAGGCGCCAGAGAGGGGAUUUAGCUAUUACUCUGCUUGUACAUUACAAGGACGAGCCAACGAAAGUGGCGAGAAUUAUGGACAAAUUGUUGGAUCGAGACGUUCACCAGCUGAUUAAAUCUCCAAUUCGUAGUAGCUAUUACACCUCUAAUCCUCCAACCAAGAGCGAGAUAGCGAGAUAUCAUCACGACGAAGAAUAUUUUUCCCUUCUUGCGGGAAUGGACGCUGGAAAUGGCGAUAGUGUUAUAUUUGACGGUAGCAGUAGCUGCUGUUGGCAACCACACAGUAGCACUAGCGCGGAAUUAGAAUGCAUGAGUGCACUGACAGUUCAGCCACAAAUGGUUCAGCCACCUGUGUCUACAAGGACUAAAGAUAUAAGUUGUUACAGAUAUAAAAGCAAGAGACUGUGCCCAUCGAUACCCAACCAACCAUCAGAGGCAGGCGCACACUUUGUGUGCGAGCUGGCGAAGAGUGUCCUCGCGAAAGCUGGAGGCAACAGUUCCACAUCUUUAUUUACCCAAGCAUCCACCAGUCAGAAUCCUCACGGACCUCACAGAGCUCUGCACAUGUGCUCCUUCCAACUUGCUCUAUACGCUCUUGGGCUUCAUAACUGCGUUACUCCCAACUGGCUCAGUCGCACUUACUCCAGUCACGUGUCCUGGAUCACUGGACAGGCGAUGGAGAUUGGAGCACCGGCGAUUUGGUUCUUAAUUGAAAGCUGGGAGGGACAUUUGACGCCGCCUGAGGCUGUCGGCAUAGCCGACAAGUCGUCCAGGGGAAGUGACCCCAACAUGGUUGGAGCAGCCGCGCAACUCGCUUUGUCUUGCUUGCCACAUGCUCACGCGCUCAAUCCAAAUGAAGUGCAGAGAGCAAUUCUGCAGUGUAAAGAGCAAAGUGAUCUGAUGUUAGAAAAAGCUUGUAUCACGGUGGAGAAGACGGCAAAAGGAGGUGGAGUAUACCCGGAAGUGUUGUUCCAGGUGGGCAAAUAUUGGUACGAGUUGUAUCUCAAGCACACUCCUGGCGGAGAACAGCAGAUGGACGAUAUGCCACCUGCUUCGUUGGAUCUGAACGAGGACCUUCAUUUACUUCUGGUGGAGCCUGGACCUCCAGUGGAUAUGUCCAAGGCGAAGAUGAUGCCUGGACCAACUCAAGCGGUUCCCGUGACCAGUACUCAGCCACCUCCUCAACCACCUCCUCAGCCAUAUCCAACGCAUCCAACUAUAACUACACGAGCACCUCCGGUGCUCUUAUUGGUUCCAGUAGUUGGUAUACCGUACGCAGUGGGUCCUUACAGCUACGUACACCCCCAUCAUUCUGUCCCAACUUUUGGUAGCCCGAUGCCGUCUCAUAGGGGUACUUUACCACCAGCACCGCCACACAUGCAAAUGUAUCACGCGGCAUUCCCGCCUCAUCCGGGCCAUCCACAGCACCCGCAACUUCCGCAACAUCCGCAGCAUUCGCAACAUCCGCAACAUCCGCAACAUCCACAGCAUUCGCAACACCCGCAACAUCCGCAACACCCGCAGCAUCCGCAGCAUCCGUCACAGCCCACGCAACCACCAGCGUUGUCGCAAUACUACACGUCGCAACCUCCGCCACCGCCGGGAACCCAUCAUUUGUUCACCAUGCAACAGUCGAUGCCGGUAAAUGUUCAGGCAGGAGUAACUGGGCCUAUUCCUGGCCAGAACAACAUGCCUGGAUCGGCGCUGGUACCAGCUCAACCUAUAAUAUCCACUGUGAGAACUCAGCCACAGGUUCACAGGCAAACUCAGCCUCGGGAGCAUCGAGCUCUGGUCGCGGCAUACCGCGUGGGCAUGUUGGCACUGGAGACUCUAGCUCGUCGCGUGCACGACGACAGAUCUCAGGCUAAAUUCGCGCGGAGUCCACCUUACGGCGAGGAUGUGAAGUGGUUGUUGAGAGUGUCGAAACGUCUUGGUACGCAGCAUCUCCAACAGCUUUGCGUCUGCACGGUGAACAGCAUCGUCAGUCCCUUCGUCCUCCAUGAUCUUGCUGUGGAAGCAGCGCUCUAUCUAGCUAGGAAUAAUCCAGCUCUUAUGCUUCAACACUUGAGAUGUCCUUUCUUGGCACCACUUGUCAGCAAGUGUCAACAAAUGUACUUUCAGUGCUUGCAUCAGAAGCUGUACCACCUCACGACAGGUGAGUACGAGGACUUUGUGAGUGUCGUCCGUGCAGCUAGAGCAGCGUUCCACAUUACUCCUGAGGGUCAUGUUCAGUUCAAGGAGUGGCUACAAUCUAUUAAAAGAUCUAAAUCGUGCAGCAAAGAACUGUGGACACAAAUCAACGCGGCACUACAGCCGAACGGCAAAUGACACAGAGCUGAGCCAGGCGUGACGUGGCUCAACUCUCUUCCUCCUCCUCCACCGCCCCCGCCACCACCACCACCGACGACGACGAUUACCCGCGUUCUUCAGCGUCAGCGUUCUCAUCGUCGUAUGCGUCCACGGCCUGGCUACCCUCGACAAGCUGGAAAAAGAUCUCCAUAGCGUUCAUCGUCGACGUACGACAGUCACGUCGGCAGUGGCAUCGAUCUCGAACGAUCAUCGAACCAUCAGGGCAACUAGAGACGGCCGAUAAUCGCUUUGUUCAUCUCUCGUUCAUCCCACAACAUGGAAGGAAAUGAGGAAAUAAAAAAAAAAAAUAAUCGAUGACUCCACUGAACGCGAGAGAUAUAAUAUUUCUUGACUUUAGUUAAUGUAUCUGACAGAUUAAGCGAGAGAAAGAGAGCUAGAUGAAGAGAUAGAUAGAUAGAGCGAGAGAGAGGGAGAGAGAGAAAGAGAGAAUUUUUGGGAGAAAGGACGUGUGUACGAGAGAAAAAGUGAGAGGUAGAGAGAGUAUGACUAUACUUUUAAUUAAGAGUACACGUUAAUGUAUGUGCAUGGCAGAGAGAGAGAGAGAGAGAGAGAGAGAGAGAGAGAGAAAGUGAGAGAAAAAGAGUGUGCAAGGAAUGACGUCAGGUUUUUGCAAUUGAACAAUUUCAACGUCACCGACCGUUUCCUGGAAGAUCAAGAAACGAUAUUAUAUGUAAACGAUUGUAGUAAACGCAUUGGGAAGCAUCGUGUGUUGUUGCGUACGUCAAUCGCUAAAGGCACCAUUUUUUUCCUGCGUUUCAAAUGAGAGAUAGAAAAACAGAAAAAAAAUAAGAGACGAAAGAAAAAUAAACGUACGAGUUUGAAGA